ACAGGUGUCAAACAUGAAUACUGAAGCACAACAACCUUGAACCUAACUGUUUUCCCGUCCACAUUCAUCUUCAUCCCAACUUGAUCCUGUUACGCAUUUAAUCAACUUUCUCUUUCCUCUUCCCAUUGGGCAUUUGGCAGCAGACUUCAGCUUUCCUCCUCCUCUCUUGCUUCAUUCCUGGGAAAUCCCAGAAGCCCAUUUCAUUAAUGACUCGGAAAACUUGAGAUAGGAAUCAGUUCUAGGAUUGUUCUUGAUCAGAAGUUUCCUUAAAAUACACAAACAUGUAUGGUACGAAGAAGAAACAGGAGUCUUUCCACGUCGUUCAUAAGCUUCCUCCUGGUGAUAGUCCUUAUGUCAGAGCAAAAUAUUUUCAACUAAUUGAGAAGGAUCCAGAAACUGCAAUUGUUUUCUUCUGGAAAGCAAUAAAUGCCGGAGAUAGAGUAGACAGUGCACUGAAAGACAUGGCAGUGGUUAUGAAACAGCAAGAUAGAGCUGAAGAAGCUAUUGAGGCUAUAAGAUCCUUCAGGGAUAGAUGCUCUAAGCAAGCCCAGGAAUCACUUGACAAUGUCCUUAUCGAUUUAUACAAGAAAUGUGGAAUGUUGGAUGAGCAAAUUGAACUGCUGAAGCAGAAGUUACGGAUGAUAUAUCAAGGAGAAGCAUUCAAUGGAAAACCUACCAAGACAGCUCGCUCCCAUGGUAGGAAGUUCCAGGUUACCAUUAGGCAGGAAACCUCAAGGAUACUGGGAAAUUUGGGUUGGGCAUACAUGCAACAAAGCAACUAUGCUGCUGCAGAGAUUGUUUAUUGCAAAGCCCAGCAGAUAGACCCUGAUGCCAAUAAGGCUUGCAAUUUGUGUCUAUGCCUAAUUAAGCAAGGUCGAUAUGCGGAAGCAAGGCCUGUUCUUGAAGACGUGUUUGAAGGUAAGCUUUCUGGUUCAGAUGAACCCAAGUCGAGGAAUCGUGCUGAGCAACUGCUGAAGGAGUUAGAGCUUUGUGAAUCAGAAGGACUUGCUCCACCUGUUUCUGGACCUAGUAUAGAAGAUGCAUUUGCUAAAGGUCUUGAUCAAUUAAUGAACCAGUGGACACCAUUUAGGUCAAGAAGACUUCCCAUUUUUGAAGAAAUUUCACCUUUCAGAGAUCAAUUGGCCUGUUGAUCCUUCUGCUUUUACUACAUUUUUUCUUUCUUUUUUUUUCGGUUGGGGUUGAUUUUGUACGUAGUUGAUGAUCAUAGAUAUAGUGAAAGUAAUUAAGAAUAGUCAAAUUCUGGGCUUUCUUGACCCUGUGAGCCAUAUCAAAAGUUUUGUGCCGCUUGAACACAUAUUCAAGCACGUUGUGCCAUUUAGAUACUACAGUUUCUGCUGGUGGUAAUGAGAGAAUAUAGUUUUACCAUCUUGAGAAAUU